CUCUCUCUUGCCUCCCUGCGCUAUUUAUUUUUCUCAAAACUUUCACCCAAAACCAGAGCCCUCCUCCCCUAGAAGCACACACAGAGAAAGCUUCUGUUAUAUAUAUAUAUAUGUAUAUGUAUACAUAGAGAAUGAGAUAUGGUGGGACUGAGCGUAGUAUUGGAAAGCCAAAAGAGCAGUGUUAGCAAGAAGAUCCCGCAAGUUAUUAACAAAACCACCAUGAUGAUCAGCAACAGCAAGCCUUCUUCUUCUUCUUCUUCUACUAUGCCUCCUCUUUCAUACCCUCAAAGAAACUUUUCACAAACUUCAUCUUUGACUCCAACUUUUUUGGACCAGUGCUUUCUCUGCAAUCAGAAACUUUUGCCCGGUAAAGACAUCUACAUGUACAGGGGAGAUAGGGCAUUUUGUAGCGUGGAGUGCAGGUGCAGGCAGAUUUUCAUGGACGAAGAAGAAAGUAUUCGAAAAGAUAACUGUUCAUUGGCUGCUAUAAAACCCAGUUCCAGUUCUUCUUCAUCGUCUUCAUCUUCGGCUUCUCGUCACCGCAAAGGAAACAGAAACCGAGCCGGUGGGUUUGCCUACUGAGAGAGAAUAUUAAAAAAAAAAAAAAAAAAAAAAACCCAGUAGAAUCGAAAAAAAUUUGGUUUUUUUUUUUUUUUUUUGAACUUUAUCCCAGUCUUACCCGUACUUCAUUUUGUAAUGACUUCGAUAUCCUUUGUCGUUUUGCUUCCUGGUAUGAAGCCAAAAGUGUCCUUUAACUUCUUUUGCCCCCACGUAUCUGUGACUGUGAGAGCCCAUAGUUUGAAUGUUUUCUCUCCCCCAUUUGCCCAGAAACAGAAACCAAUGGAGGAUAGUUGUGGGAUUUUGUGUAAGUUAAAGGGGCAUUUAUGGUAUUUUAUUGUAAUGCUUGAACUUGGUUAAUUAAUUAGUUCAUUAAUUGCUAAUUUUGAAGAAUUUUUGAGUGAUUUGAUGUCUUAAGAGUUAUCGUUUACCUUGAGGGGAGCAAAAUGGUGGUGUUUGUUCUUUACCCAGGUGACAAUGCAAAAUCAAUGUUGUUCCUUUGGGGUAAUGCGCACUUUAGACAAGCUAGCAGAGGGAAUGUCUAGACUGCGCACCGAGAGAACAGUACCCCCCCAUGGUGGAGAAUAUCGUGAAGAAUUAGUACUUAGGGAACAAUGUCAUGGUCCCAACAACAAAAGGUUAUUUCCACAAUGGAUCACAAUAUCUUAAUAUUUUCACUUAGUCCCUUGAAAGUUUGUUAAUUUGUAUUGUUGUCCCCUUCCUUUUGUUGUUUGCAGAAGUUACUAUGUUUAUUUACCAUCAGUGAUCGAAAACCAUGCAAUUUUUCGAUGUUCUUUGGUUAUAUCCAAACAGUGGUGUGCUGUUUCAAACA